CCCCUCCCUAUGCUCUGAUCAGUUGCAGUUCUGUAUUUGCAAUGCAGAGUGGUCGGUGAUCGGUGGUGUCUGUCAAAAACAAACCUAAGAGCCUUAAAGGAAGCGUUUUGAGACCAAGUUGCUCACUUUUCUGUCUGCAAUGGCUGAGGCAAACAAAGACCAGGUUUCCCAACCCAACAACAACGCCAUGCAAAACAACAACGCCGAUUCUGUGAACCCAAAACUCAACCUGGGGCUCUCUCUUGGAGAAAUCUACACUGAAAAUCCCAACGAGAACGCUCUGGCUCGGUCUUCAACGAUGGCUGGAUUCUUAAAACCCAAAACGACGCCGGAGGAGGAAAGGGUGGCUGCUCCUCUUCCUUCAGUGCAGCUACCAAGGUCAAGCUCUGUUCCGGAAUGGAUAGGGCAGCGGAUGAUUAGGCACAAGGACAUACUGGCGUUGAGAAGAAUGGAGAGAAAGAAGAGGUUGGCAAAGAAGCUGAGGAAAGAAGAAUUAGCUGCUUCUUUGCGAGAGAAGACUAGCGCUGCGGCAGCACAGGCAUCGCAGCCGCCUGAAGCCAACGCCACCGGGCCCUUGAGCACCGUUUUUAAGUUCGAACUCAAAGCAGAGGGAUAUGUGAAGUGGAAUAGCAUUUAAACUGCAUGCAAAUCCAGAUCAACUAGAAGUCCACAAUGACUAUAUGUGUAGAAUAGAAACAUUU